AUGGAGCUACUCGCCGUGCUGCUUCUCCUGCAGGUUACUGCUGCCAACAGUUUUUCUCAUGAAAUUGAAAACUUCAGUUUAAGACAAACCAUGCGAAAGAAGAGUAGUCAGUGGAUAGAUUCUUAUCAAUUAGACGUUCUACGUCCUCUGCAGCGUACAAAAAGGGCCUGGAUUAUCACCACCAUUGGUGUUCAAGAGGAGGAGAAAGGACCAUUCCCAAAAUAUGCUGGACAGCUGUUCAAUAACAAAUCAUUUAAUACAUCAGUAAAAUAUUUAAUCAGUGGACCUGGGGUAGAUGAACCUCCAGAGAUUGGAUUGUUUUCUAUAGAAGAUGAUACAAAUGGACGUGUGUAUGUGCAUCGUAGCAUCGACAGAGAAAAGACCCCAACUUUUAAGAUACGUUUCAGAAUUGUGUACAGAAAAACUGGUGAACCAUUGGACAGCUCCUUGUUUUUCAAUAUAAGGGUUAGAGAUAUUAAUGACAACGCACCUGAGUUUCCGAAGGAUGAAUAUAGCAUUACAAUAAGAGAGAAUCACAGUAAAGAUGAGCCAGUUUUCCAAGUUACUGCCUUGGAUAAAGAUGAAGACGGCACUGCGAAUGCUCAGGUGUCCUAUUCUCUAAGUAUGCAAAUCCCCCUUCGAGAAGGAUUCACAUUUAAUAUUGAUCCUACCACAGGAUCAAUACUUCUGUCAGGAUGCCUGGAGUAUAAGACUGCCAACUCUUUCAAACUUCUGAUUAAAGCCAGUGACCAUGGCACUCCCCAGCUGUCAUCGACUGCAACAGUGAAUGUAGCUGUUGAAGAUGCAAACAACCACCCCCCUGUAUUUGCUAGUGAUAAUUACCAACUACAGGUUUCAGCAGGUCAAGAAUAUCCAGCUGUAUUACGGCUCCAAGUGGAAGAUAGAGACUCUCCCCACACUCCAGCUUGGAGAGCAAAAUACAGAGUAACAAAAGGCAAUGAGAAGGAACAGUUCACCGUUGAGACGGAUCCAGACACAAACGAAGGCAUUUUGAGCAUUAUCAAGCCUCUCAACUAUGAAGAUGCCUCUGAGAUGAGACUUGUCAUUUCUGUAGCAAAUGAAGAACCUUUCUUCAUUUGUAAAAAUGGCAUUGUGAUGAUCUCAAGCCUAGAAUCCAUGAAUACAACUGUUAACAUCAACGUCUUACAGUCAAAACGUGCUCCUAGAUUUCAUCCUCCCGUACUUACUGUCCAAAAAGAAGAUUCAAUGAAGCCUGGGAGAGUGUUUAGAAGGUAUCCUGCCACAUAUCCAGGUGAUGUGCCAAAUAAGAUAAAGUAUGAACUAGCCCAUGACCCAGAGGGUUGGCUGAGCGUGGAUGAGAAUUCUGGAAUACUUACUGUGGCAAAAGAAUUUGAUCAAGAAUCCCUUUAUGUGAACAACAGCGUGUACACCGUUAUCGUACAUGCUAUUGAUCAUGGUAUUCCACCACAGACUGGUACUGGCACCAUCCUGCUUUACUUGUCUGACAUUAAUGAUCAUAUGCCAACAUUAGCGGCUCCUUCUUUAGAUGUGUGUGACAAAAAUGAAGGGACACCUCUCACUAUAAAAGCUAAGUCUGCUCCAGUCCAUUCACAAUCUGGGCCAUUCACCUUUGAGCUGGCUGAGGACUCUGAAGAUAUGAAGCAUGACUGGAAGUUAGGAGGAAACUUUGGGGAGUCAGUUGAACUUUUAAUGUUAAGAAGCCUCCCGCAAGGUAGCUACUUGGUGCCCAUCAUUAUUCAGGACAGGCAGGGAUUUUCUACAAGGCGGAAUCAGCAUGUUAGGCUU